UGUGUGUGUGUGUGUGUGACAGCUUCGAGGCUCGAGCUCUCUCUCUCUUUAUUAUUAUUAUUUUCAUUAUUUUUAAUCACGUUUUAUUGAAGGGAGCUGAUGUUAAACGUCGUUCGGUACACACACCGUGUCGUGCUGGGUUCGUGGCCGCCGGUAAGAGCAUUAAAACGGACAGUUUGUCCGGUAGCAAGCUUAGUUAGCCUAGCCUACUAGCUGCUAUACGGGCUGCUCUCUUACGGUUGUAUAACGAACACCUGUGGCACUGGAACAGGUGAGGUCUGUUCGUGCCUGGCAGGAUUGAAUCUAAAACAGCUAUAGACAUUCCAGAAAGUUUGCUUAAACACCAUGUCUUUCCUGUGGUCUGGUGCCCUCUCGUGACCCCAAUGACCUCGACGUCAGUGUUGACCACAGAGUCACCUUUGACCCCCCAAGCCCUCUCUACAACCCCCGAGAAAAGACGUUAACUGACCGCGUGCAUAAGCUGCAUUGGGGUGGUCUUCCAAAUGCCUACCUCACGCCUAAAGAGCAAAUCACUGCAACCACAGCCCUGAUCAGCAGCCACCAUGACAUCAAGCAUAGGGGAUGAUUGUAGCAUCUUUGAUGGGUUGAUGGAAGAAGAUGAAAAGGACAAAGCAAAACGCGUGUCCCGGAACAAGUCCGAGAAGAAGCGGAGAGACCAGUUCAAUGUCCUCAUCAAGGAACUCGGCACGAUGUUGCCAGGCAACACCAGGAAGAUGGACAAGUCCACCAUCCUGCAGAAAAGCAUCGACUUCCUGUGUAAACACAAAGAAAUCGCAGCCCAGUCGGAGUCGAGUGAGAUCAGGCAGGACUGGAAGCCUCCGUUUCUCAGCAAUGAGGAAUUCACGCAGCUCAUGCUGGAGGCUCUGGAUGGGUUCUUUAUAGCAAUAAUGACUGAUGGAAACAUCCUCUAUGUCUCCGAGAGCAUUACCUCACUACUAGAACACCUACCGACGGACCUGGUGGACCAGAACCUGUUGAACUUCCUGCCAGUUGGGGAACACUCCGAUGUGUACAAGGCUCUGUCCACGCACCCCACCGACCCAGAGAGCCUUAACGCCGACUACCUGAAGACUAAGAACCACAUGGAGUUCUGCUGCCAUAUGCUGCGAGGGGCAAUUGACCCCAAAGAACCCCCCGUCUAUGAAUAUGUUAAAUUCAUUGGCAACUUCAAGUCGCUCAACAACGUCCCCAACAUUACGAGGAACGGUCUAGCAGGAGUGUUACAGCGGUCACUACAACCUGCGUUCGAUGACCAGGUGUGCUUUGUAGCCACUGUUCGGCUGGCCAAACCUCAGUUUAUCAAGGAGAUGUGCACAGUCGAGGAGCCUAAUGAAGAAUUCACCUCCAGGCACAGCCUAGAAUGGAAGUUCCUCUUCUUAGACCACAGAGCUCCGCCAAUCAUAGGAUACCUGCCUUUCGAGGUUCUGGGAACAUCAGGGUACGACUAUUACCACGUGGACGACCUGGAGACGCUAGCCAAGUGUCACGAACACUUGAUGCAGUACGGUAAAGGGAAGUCUUGCUACUACCGUUUCCUGACUAAAGGUCAACAGUGGAUCUGGCUUCAGACGCAUUACUACAUCACCUAUCACCAGUGGAACUCGCGGCCCGAGUUUAUCGUCUGCACGCACACAGUAGUCAGCUAUUCAGAGGUGAGGGCAGAGCAGCGCAGAGAGCUCGGCAUCGAGGAGUCUAAUCCAGAAGUUACUGCAGAUAAGAGCCAGGACUCGGGCUCCGAGUCCCAGCUGAACACGUCCAGCCUCAAAGAGGCUCUGGAGCGAUUUGACCGCAGCCGAACACCCUCGACCUCCUCACGGAGUUCCCGCAAGUCCUCCUCUCAUGUCUCGGACAACACAUGCACUUCAACAGCCUCCAAGCUACACAUGGACACAGCCACGCCUCCUCGGCAGUCGCUGGCGUCGACCAUGGAGAUGACGUCGCAGCGUCGCUCAUCCAUCAGCAGCCAGUCUAUGAGCUCUCAGACGACAGGCCAGAGUGCAACUCCAGGUAUGAUCACUCAACAGCAGCAGCAGCAGCAACAGCAACAACAACAACAACAACAACAACAGCAGCAACAGCAACAGCAACAACCACAGCAGCUACAGACAAACGUACAGCCGGUGAUGGAGUUCUCAGCGCAGGUCAACGCCAUGCAGCAUCUAAAGGAGCAGCUAGAACAGAGGACCAGAAUGAUCCAGGCCAACAUCCAGCGGCAGCAGGAGGAGCUGAGACACAUCCAAGAGCAGCUGCAGAGAGUCCAGGGACAGGGCAUCCAGAUGUUGCUGCAGCAGCAGGGCGGAGCGAUGAACGUGCAGCUUCCCCAGGUGGGGUCGGUCCAACAGACGACUGCUCUGACUGGGCAGGUGCAGCAAACGACAAUUAACCCCGUCCAUUCAGGAAGUCAGCAGCUCACCAUCCAGCAGCAGGCGCCGCCUCCUCAGCAGAGCCUCCAGCAGCAGCAGCAGCAGCAGACCAACGCCCUCACACAGCCCCAACGUCAGUCCCAGCAGCCCCCGCAGGCUCAGCCUCAGUCCCAGGGCUCCGUAUCUGCUCCGCUAUACAACACCAUGAUGAUUUCCCAGCCGGGGCAGCCCAACGUGCUGCAGAUCAGCACCAGCCUGCCACAAAACAACACGCAGCAAGGCACCGCCGUGGCCACCUUCACGCAGGACCGACAGAUCCGGUUCCCAGCGGGGCAGCGGCUGGUGACGAAGCUUGUUACAGCUCCGAUGGCUUGUGGAGCAGUCAUGGUGCCCACCUCCAUGUUCAUGGGACAGGUGGUGACUGCGUACAACCCGUUCGGGGGUCAGCAGCAGGGAGGACAAACCCAGACUCUGACUCUGCAACCAGCCCAACCACCUCAAGGUCAACCUGACAGCCAAAACCAGACCACUGUAGUGGCUCAGAGCAGCCAGCAGGGGCAGCAGCAGCAACAGCAAUUCCUACAGGGCACUCGUCUUCUCCACAGUAACCAGUCUACCCAGCUGAUCCUGCAGGCAGCGUUCCCACUCCAACAACAGGGCACCUUCACCCAGGCGACGCACCAACAGCAACCGCAGCAACAACAACAGCAGCAGCAGCAGCAACAACAACAACAGCAGCAGCAACGGCAACAACAACAACAGCAACAACAACAACAACAGCAGCAACAAUCUCACCACCAGAGGCACCAGCAGCAGCUGAAACCGCAGCCCCAGAAGCAGCAGAAAGCUGCGUCAUCGCACAGGACUGACAGCGUCAGCAGCCAACCGCAGUGAAGCCCGAAGGAGAAGCGACGCGUGGGAAAAAAACAAACAACUCUUGCGUACAUUUCGUUUUUCGGUCUCGUGGCCGUCGACACACUUCCUUUUUAACUCCCUCCACCCCUUCCUCCAUCUGAAAGAAUCAUAGGAACUCGCCGAGCGUUGUCACGACAGGAUGGAUCAAAGGAUAAAACUAAGACACGCGAAAAUAAUCCAGCGAUCGCCACGGUAACGACGGACUCUUUAUUUUUUUUGCGUGUCAAAGUGGACUGACCAUGUACAGAUUUACUGUAUGAUAUAUAUAAAAAAACAAAACACAACGUGUAAAUAUCCAAAUAUAGCCUAACAGGAAAAACAGAAAUGUAGUAUUUUAUAUGAUUGCAUGGAAAGAAAUAACUGUGUAAGCUUUUAUUAGUCGCUUUUGGAGAAAAAAAAAACUGAAUUUUUACUUUUGUUCAAGUGUUUUCUGGUCAAAGACGGAGCGGCGACGCAACGACGCGCUCGCUCUCUCAGAAACCUCCCCGUCUUCUUCUUCUCCCUCUUCUUCUUCUUCUUCGUCUUCUCUCUCUAAAAAGAAACAGUCCAGAUUAAGGCUUUAAAGUUCUUUUGUUUUUAAAAUAAUAAUAAUAAUAAUAAUAAUGUUUGGGCUUUAUUCUCCCACAGAAGUUGUGUUUUUAAGCACUGUCUCUGAGACAAAAAGUCUUUUUAAACUUUGUAAGUGCACAUUAUGUUUGGCAAAAAAAAAAAAAAAAAUCUAGAUUACAGUUUAACUGAAUUCCUCGCAGGAAGCUGAUCACUGUACGUGUAACGGGUUUAGUGAUUCCAAGUGCCAAUAACAUAGUCGAUUAUGUUUGUUUUUAUUUCGAUUCAAAGACGUAUAUAUAUAUUUUCCAAGAUAAUUACCCCUAAAAAAAGUAAAAGCUCACGCGUGUGUAUAUAGUAGGGAUUAUUUUUUUUAACAGUCAGAGAGCCCUAUACGUAACAAACAGUAUAUCCUCAAAAACCUCCUGAAACUUUAGCACUUGAUGUGGUUGUGUACAGUAAAUCACUGUCAAGACCUAGUUGUUUGUAAUCCGUGGUGUGAUUCUGUGAGUUAGUGUGUUUUUAUUUGUUUUUUGUUUUUGUUUUUUUUUGGGAAUACAAUCUUUGUGUGCAUGAGUAUCUAAAGUGUGUGUGCGUGCUUGUCGCCCCUUGUGUCUUACAAUAAUCGACUUAGUAAGGGUUUGAAGUUGCUGGAUGGUACUUGUAUUCUCAGGAAUGUGGAAAGUUUGUUUUUGUUUUUUUUGUUUUCUGCUUCUGCCUCAGUCUGGAUCCAGACCCAGGAAGGACGAGACAGUGAUGCUGCAGACCAGACCAGAGCGUGACGGUGUCGUUCAGGGUGACGGUGCUUCAAAAUUUUCACAUUUUUUUCCUCCCGAGCCUUCGUUGGUUCGACGGUUGAUGGAGUAGCCUCGUGGUCUUCUGUAUCCGCACUGUUUCGUCCUUCUUUCUCUUCCUAGGCCUCAGAAAAACCGUUCAGUUCACUCAUCUCUCAGUUCUCAAACAGCAGUUAAAACCAGGACUGUGCCCAAAGCCGUCGCAGAUCCGCAUGGACGUGGGCUCAGCCCCCUCAGCUACAGUCGUAAGCCAUAUCAAACAGAAAAAGCCUUGGAUUAGGGUGAAGUGUUAUGGUUGGCAAAGGAGCUUGUUGAAUGUGUUGUUUUGUGCGUGGGUGUGUGAAUAUAGCGUCUCCUCUUCUUGAUCCUACUUCUUGUAUCACUCGGGGGGCGUCAGUAUUGGUUUCCCCUGGCGAUAGCCAAUCAGUUCUUGCGUUGCAGUAUAAAGAAAUAAUUGUAAUAUUCAAGAAACUUCCUCUGCGGUUGGGCUCAGUAUUCUGCAAAGCCCCGUGUGUGGGACAGCUCGACUUGAAUACAUGUUUGUGUGUGUGUGAGAGCAUAUGUGUGCAUGUUAACCGUCACUGUAGCCCGUUAUAUUUUCAUAUGGAAACAGAUGUGUGACUGGAAAAAGAAUGGAUGUUAAGGCAAUGCAGAGCAUUGGUCACCUGUCCAGCUAUAAAGAUGUUUAACGAUGACUUGACAAACACAUCAGACCAGUCCCCAAAUGGUAACCCUGUGUUGUUGUGUUUUUUUUGUAAUGUUCGAUUGGUAGUUUGUGCGGCUAAGCAGGGACAAAUCCUCUUCUCGACUUUGUCCGACGAUUUAAGGAACAGAAGGGGUCUUUUACUAUUUGAAUCAGGUCUUCCACCCGUCACAUGGCAACGCCUCCGUAGACUAGCUCGUGUUUGAAGGUCGUCACUCUAAAGUUGAAAUGUUUUGUAGUUUGUGUCACUGAUAACCCAGCCCAAAGAAUGUAAAGGUGUGUUUAAAAAAAAAAAGAAAAAAAAAGA